AUGUGGUUAAUAGAUAGAGAAAGAAAACAACCAGGUUCAAUUUGGUCACUACUUACAUGUCUAACAACUCUCAUCCUACUUUGUGUUGCACUUGGUGGAUUAUCAUCAAGAUCAAAUGGUAUUAAAAGUGUAUUCAUAGCUCAUUUAGAUUUUUCAAAUGCAAAUUGGCAAAUGGUUGUACCAGGUUUGGACAAUUUUAGAGGUCAUGGGUUCCCACCUAUUCAAAGAAUGAACCUUUGGAACAACUGUAAUGGGGAUUAUGAUAUGAAUGGUGGGUUUGAUGCUAUAAAUCCUUAUAGAACUUGGUAUUCAACUAGUUUGGAUCCGAGGUAUGCUGUUUCUCAUCAAUUGAAUUCACUAAAUCCAGGUGCCUUCACAAGAGAUGAGAUUAAUACACCUAGUGGUACUGUUAUCCCAAGGGUCCAAUCAGGAACUAUUAUUGUUUUAACUACGAUUGCAUGCGUUUUGAAUGGAAUUGCAUUUUUUUGUCAAUUGCUUAGAAUACCAGGUUUUGUCAUUCCAAAGAUAAUAGCUGUGAUUUUUUUACUUGUUGCAAAUACAAUGGUUCACGUUUUAGCUAAAAGAAUGGUCAAUUCUUUCAAUAAUAAUUACGGAACUUUUGGAAUUCAAGCAGAUCUGGGAGGUAGAUAUCUAGCCAUGGUUUGGAAUGCGUUUGGGAUUCUAUUAAUCUCUGCAGCUUUACAAUUCACAAGAGGACCAGGUGGGAUUAUGGGUAAUUAUUAUGAAGAUAAUAGUCCAAAGUUUGAUCCCGAAGCAAUGAAGCAUGGCUAUACACCAAACUAUAAUUCACAACAGAUGAAUAAACAACCAAAUGAUAUGGGCUACAACAACAUGAAUAACUACAACAAUGGUCAAAUGGUUGGUAAUUAUCCAAAUGAGCACCCUCCACCACCUGCUUAUCAUUAA